AUGCGCUCUCGAGACCGUCGUGCCGAAGGCACAGAUUUUGAGACCCGUAUCGUUGGUGGUCAAACAGCCCCAGAAGGAUUUGCUCCGUACCAAGUUUCCCUUCAGACAAAGAGCAAUGGAAAGAACUUCCACUUCUGCGGAGGCUCAAUUCUUAACGAGAAGUGGAUUUUGACUGCCACGCACUGCACAGAAGAAGUAGAAGUAAGCAAUGUCACAGCCGUGGUCGGGACAAAUUCCAUCUCAUCUGGGGGAGACAGGUACCAACUUCAGGAGUGUUUCAAAAGAAAAUACAAUGCGACCUCCGUGAAAAACGACAUAACAGUUUGUAAGGUUAUGAAUCAGAUCACUUUCACGGACAAAAUAAAACCUGUUGAUUUAGCAAAGGAAGCUCCAAAGGGCGGUGACAAAAGCCAUACUGACAGGAUGGGGAUAUACAAAUUUCAUGAGUUGCAAGUCUUAUACACGACCGUGCUCUCAAGAGAACAAUGCAACAGAAACUAUUCGCAAUUGUCUGAAGUUUACCCGUUGGAUAAUACCCAGAUCUGUACAUUGGCUGGUAAACAACAUGGUGCUUGCCCGGGUGAUUCAGGUGGUCCUCUUGUGUUAGGAGACAAUAGCACAAAGAAUGACGGUACAAGGACACAAAUAGGAAUCGUUUCUUUCGGCGUUCCAUGCGGUGAAGGUGAUGCUUCGAAUGAAGUCGGAACUCGCAUAUAUGGCGGACAGAAUGCUCCAGAAGGCUUUGCUCCUUACCAAGUAUCGAUCCAGGCGUAUAACGGUGGAAAAGUCCAACAUAUUUGCGGAGGCUCCAUUAUAAAUGAAAAUUGGAUUCUAACCGCCGCGCACUGCUCUAUAGCAUUAAAGUCCAAACGCACCACAAUAGUAGUCGGAACAAAUUACCUUACAUCCGGUGGUGAAAAAUACAACCUCCACUAUUGUGUCGACAACGAACAUUACAAUUCAAAAGAUAUCACAAACGAUAUAUCCGUUUGCAAGACCGAGAAGCGUAUAACUUUUAACGACAAAGUGAAAAUGGUUGCUUUAGCUGAAGAGGAUCCAAAGCCUGGUACUAAAGCUGUUUUAACAGGAUGGGGAACUACAAACAAUAAAGAUAAAAAAGUUUCCGACGCGCUCCAAGUGUUAUACACGACAAUAGAAUCACGAGAGCAAUGUAGCGAAAACUAUACAAAAGUUGUCAAUUCUAUUCCGAUAGACGAGACACAGAUCUGUGCCCUGGCUGGAAAGGACCAAGGAGGUUGUUCGGGUGACUCUGGAGGUCCUCUUGUAACUAGGAAUGAUUGGAAUGAGGAUAACUCGUAUGAUGAUGAAACUAGACAAAUAGGAAUAAUGUCAUAUGGCGUCCCUUGUGGAAGGGGAUAUGGUGAUGUUUUUACCAAUAUCGCUGCUUAUGUGGAUUGGAUUAAUGAAACUAUAACUUCAAACUAA